AUGACUGCUGUCUGGAUCUCCCAUGUUUGCCGUGCCAUCGGAGCACCGGAAACUAAAAGAAAAUAUUGGAAUGCAGUCAUCGGGAUCCUCUUGGUGCCCCUCGUCCAACUCCUGGUCACACCGAUCCAGCUGACACUCGAUUCCCGCGGGAUCGACCUGCCUGCUUCGAUCCUGGUGAUGACGGUGGUCACGGUUGCGAUGCUGAUGAUUGAAUCAAUGCAUAGCGGCAUCGGCUCUUUGUACGUUACGCACAUGAAAGGACCAACCGAUUUUCUUGGCCGGCACAUGUCUUUGGGGUUUGUGGCACCGUUUGUCAUGCUCAGUAGAGACCAUAUCACCACUUCAGCGGACAUACCUCGAAUUGCAGGGGCAUUUGUCGUCACUACCUUUCUCAGCUAUGUUGGCUCGUUCUUGUUCGCAACCGGCAGCUAUAAGCUCGAGGAGAGAGUAAGGGGCUUACGAAAGCGGACUGAGGAUCUUGAAAAGGCGACUAAGCCAUCUCCGCCUUCGUCUCGAUUCGCCAAACGGGUUUCCCAAGUCACCAAGUUGACAGAUGUUCUCGCGAACAAUGGAUCUCUUACAUCUCUGGACACGCUAUGUGCACCAUCGGCCACUGUUGACUUCGUGGUUCGAACAGCUCCUCUAUGGAUUCCACUCUCUCUGCUCGUCACUGUUGGGCUCCCGGUCUAUUGCGCUACCAACUAUGAUUUACCUUUCGAGACCUUCUGCUUCAUUGUUUUCUGGGUUGUAGCAGUCUUAUUCCAACGAUAUAUCAAGUCGUGCAAGAAACUUGAGCUUCAUCUCCGACUCCGCUCCACCUUGGCUGUUGUCUUCAACCCAGUUCUGCUGACGUCUGCGUUGGGAACCGCGUACUUCUGGACGAAAGCGGCCGUCACGCACCGGGUCAUAGGAGACAUUCUGAACAACUUCAAGAGCCACAGCUCUUGGGCCAAUAUUAUCAGAGAGGUCACUGGAAGCCCCAGCGCACAGCAUCACGUUGGAGCUGGCGACCUGUCUAUGGCGCUACUCGAUGCUGGCAUCGUGUCGCUAGGUCUCAAGAUGUUCGAGUACCGGCGCGAGCUCUGUAACAGCUUCACAACCGUUUUCUCGACCUCACUGGUCUUCGCUACCAUCAACGUCUUUCUCAAUGUCAUCUUCGCCCGCGCUAUGGGCCUGCAACCGGCUGACGCCUUGGCCUUCGCCGCGCGCAACGUCACCAUCGCCCUCGGCGUGCCCGCCGUCCAGCACCUUGGCGGGAGCACUACUCUCAUGAGUUCGCUUGUUGUUUUCAGCGGCAUGCUUUUCCAGAUGACAGGUGACCUCCUCUUCUCCUGGCUCGGCAUUCACGACCGCCCGCUGCCUGCCAAUGUUACAUACACCAGCGACGGCGAGAAUGGAGGGACCAAUACUGAAGAGAACGUCGAGUCGGCGACUGAUGCCAAAGUCAUUGCCGCCGGUGUCACGGUUGGCAUCAACGCCGCGGCCAUGGGGACGGCACAGCUGAUCGAGCGGGGAUCGAUGGCUACGGCGUACUCGGCGCUCUCCAUGACUGUCUUUGGGGCCAUCACAGUUGCACUGACAGCUGUGCCGGUAGUGGCGGAUUGUUUGGUGACAUUAGCUUCACGUUGA